AUGACAGCAAUCCAACAGCAACCACAGUUUGAGUGGGCUGGCGACGCUUUCACAGCCAUGAACAGCCUCAAUGGCCCCUCCCAGCAGGACAAGUGGGCAAACGCCUUCAGCAAUCCCACCUCAAUGCCUCCCCAGCAAGCCUUCUCCAUUCCACCCUCGCUGCUUACACAUGCCACCAUGGAGCGCUACGGCCAAGUCACCCCGCCUGAGGAGCCCUCGCCAGCACACGCCCCUCGGGACGCUCGGAACGAGCGCGAGACGUCCAUUCCUGUCGAGCAACUCCGCAACGAGACUGUCUUUUGGCCCAAGCAGGAAGCCUCUCCUCAGAUGCCGCCUGCAAAGCGACGACGCACCAGCCGCCAGGACUCGGCCAAUCAAGACGCGGUUGCCGGCUCUCUGCCUAGCGUCCCCGUUGUGCAACAACAGGAUAACGCCGACGGCAACCCUCAGCCGCCGAAGCGCAAGCGGGGCAGGCCCAAGUCGCAGCCACAGAUGGUCGAGGCCUACACUGCAGACGGUUACCCUUUCCAAGUAUCGUCCGCUCGCCAGACGCACCUCGAGAAGAACCGUGUAGCUGCCCACAAGUGCAGGCAGCGCAAGAAGGAGUACAUCGGCAGCCUCGAGGGACGCGCUCGCGAAUUCUCCGCAAAGAACAAGAUGCUCAAGGAGAAUGUUGCACUUUUACGCGAAGAAGUCCUCGACCUGAAGAACGAAGUUCUACGCCACGCUGGCUGCGGCUUCUGGGCUGUCGACGAGUAUCUAGCGCGGUGCGCCGGCGGCCUUCUCGGCAUGGACGCCCCUGCACCUGGUAUGCCUGGCCACCACGCAACACCACGACAUAGCCACAGUAACCAGAGCCCCCAUAUGCAGAACUCCAAUAUGCAGAGCCCCGGAUUCUCCAACCAACACGCACGACAGCAGAGCAUGGUUUCCAUGAGCUCCGCCGAUGUCGACGAUUUCCAUGGGCUCGAGCUCCUCAAGGACUUUACCGACGAAGACAUGGACGACAUGGAGGCUUAG